UUUCAAAAUGGCUGCGCCCCUGAAAACAAAAUGUUGGGGAUUAUUUUCACACAAAAAGCGUAUAAUAAGCAUAUUUAAACGGCAUUUUGCUAUCAGAGAAGAUCUAACGAUAUUAGCUAAAGAAGAUAGAGAGUAUCCGGCUUUUGACGAGAUCAAAAAAGAACUAGCUGCGGUUGAUGAAGAGAUUGCUGCUCGAGUAGAUAUUGGACUUGAACCUCAAACAUUCCGAGCCAAACCUGAGAGUCGCAAAGAUUGGAGGAAACGUGUCAGCAAAUUAGAGGAAACUGCGAGGCAUAGAACAUUGAAAAUCCCAUUGGAUGAAGUAUCAAAAGAAUGGCAGAAAGAGUCAAGUUCUGAACACAACCUACGAAUAGCAGAUCAUUAUGGCGUCUACAAGGAUCUGUUUGGCUAUGCAUACUUCUCGCCUGUGAAACCUCUAGCUGUAACAUACAAUGGAGAUAGUAAUGAAAGUGUUCCUGUAUAUACUGGAAAUGUUCUAACACCUUCUCAGGCAAGAGAUCCCCCUAUCGUUAAUUUUGAAGCUGAUCCUGCAGAUCUAUAUACACUUGUGCUCUCUAACCCAGAUGGUAACCUUAUUGACCCCUCUAAAGAAACUCUACACAUGUUAAUUGGUAAUAUCCCUGGCAAUGCAGUUCAAGAUGGCGAGACUUUAUGUGAUUAUCUCCAACCUUUCCCUCCUAAAGGUGUUGGCUACCAGAGGCUUGUCUUCAUCCUUUACAAGCAGGAAAAAAAGCUUGAUUUCAGCAAUGAAAAACGACCAGACAGAUGCAUUAGCCUACAAGAGAGGACCUUUUGUACGCAGGACUUCUACAGGGCAUAUGAGGAUGAUUUGACUCCUGUUGGACUCAGCUUCUUUCAGACUCAAUGGGAAAAGAAUGUCACGGAGGUCUACCAUAAUAUAUUAGAAAUGAAAGCCCCAGAGUUUGAGUAUGACUGGCCUGUUGAGUACCAUCCUAAACAAAAGAAAUAUCCACUGAGGGAACCUUUCAAUAAAUAUUUAGACCGCUACAGAUGUAGAAAGGACAUUCAAGAUGAGGUGGCUAAAGAGAGACUACGAAUGAACGAUCCAUUUCUUGGAGAUAAAAAACAAUACAAAUAUCCAUUGGCAAUUGAUUCUGCAGGAGACCCCACUGCUCCCGAUCAUCCAUUUUGGAUUAGAGAGCGCGAGGCUUUGAAGAAAUUAAGAAGAGGAUAUUGGAAGGAUUUGGAGAAGAAAUGAUAAAAAGGGCAAAUAGGCAAAAUUGUUUUGAAAAUAUGACACCCUCCACACCAAGGUUUUUGCAUUGAAUUUCAACAUUGGUUAAUUUUAUCAUAGGGCUACUUUGUCAGUGAGGCUACUUUUUGAGUAGGCCAUUUUUGUUUUAGAAAUUAAAUUUGAACAUGGGCUUUUAACUAGAAAGCCCAUGAUUUGAAUUAAGAAUAUAAAGUAUCUAAAUCCAAGAUGGCUGACUUUUGAUGUUUGGUGAUAAAAUCUCCAAUCCGUACUACCAGGACGUUGUUUUAUAUACCGUAUCCAUCAGAAAAUAAUCAUUUUUUUCUCUCCUUUGUUAGUAUCGCAUAUUUACAUGUAAUGUGAACUUGUGAAGUUAGAUAUUAUACAUACACAUGUAUUUAAAAAUUUACAAUAUUGUUCAUAUUCUUUAAGGUAUGAUAAAGGAAAACUAGAGCCCCCUCUCAAUCCUGUGUUAUAACUUUUUCUGUAAGUAGUGUAUGAUGCUCAGUUUCUAAAUCUGAACAUAGAGUGCACCAUUAUAGAUAUUUCAGAAAAACCUUAUAACUUUCAUCGAGGCUUUGAUACAAGAUUUUUUUUUACAUGAUACCUACUCCAAGGGGGGAAUGGGACUGCGAGGGAAUUUUUCAAAAAAUGGGCUGUCAAAUUCUCUAUCCUGGGAGCAACGUUGUGAGUCGAUUUCAAAGAUUUCAAAUUUUCAGAUUUCAGAUUUUAAAGUAUGAUGAAAAAAUCCCCUCCUUGGACAAUAUUAAGUGUCGAAUUCUCGAAUUUAGUUUCCUGUUGAAUGUGGAGUCUUGCAUCAUACAAAUGUAAUUUUAGGUAAUCUG